AUGUCAGGGAAACCUCCAGUUCAUAGACUGCCACCUCUGCCCCGGUUGAAGGUCAAGAAACCGAUUUUAACGCAGGAAGCGAACAAAUGUCUGGUACUGAUGUCCAACUUACUUCAAUGUUGGUCUUCCAAUGGACACAUGAACCCUGCGUGUGAAAACUUGGCCAAGGAGCUGAAGAUUUGCUCAAAGGAAAGGGCGCUGGGCAAGGGAAAUACUGUGGAGAAGAGCAAUAUCAACUACCACGCGGCAAGACUUUACAAUAGGAUAAGUGGUAAACCACAUGAUUGA